GAUUCAAGCAAAAUUCAGGCAGAAGCAAGCUGCAAGUGAAGUUGCAGCAAUGCGACAAGGAAAUGAUGGGCAGAGUGGCCCUGCCAAUGAUCCAGCAGACGAGAUACCAGACAAUGAGGAGACAGCACUUGCAGCCACAAAGAUCCAAGCAAAGUUUAGACAGAAGCAAGCUGCAAGUGAAGUUGCAGCAAUGCGACAAGGAAAUGAUGGGCAGAGUGGCCCUGCCAAUGAUCCAGCAGACGAGAUCCCAGAAAAUGAAGAGACAGCAUUGGCAGCCACAAAGAUCCAAGCAAAGUUCAGGCAGAAGCAAGCUGCCAGCGAAGUUGAAGCAAUGAAGAAAGAGAAGGAAGAAACAGCGCAAGCAGCCACAAAAAUCCAAGCUAAAUUCAGGCAGAAACAGGCAAAGAAUGAAGUCGAAGCGAUGAGAGCCAGUGCCCCUGCAGCAGAUCCGCCUGUGGCCGAGGCUGUCGAGGCUGUCGAGGCUGUCGAGGCCGCUGAUGAUGAGAUCAAGGCUGAAGAUAUGAAGACGACAUCUGAGUUUGGGGAGGUUGAAGCGAUCCUGGCGAAAAAACAAAAAGAACAACAAGACUUGGUGGGUGACAAGUCUCCCAAAGUGGAAGGCAUGGUGCCGGCCGCGGUCAAGAAGAGACCUAUGUCCGUAAGCCCAAUCAUCAUGGAGGGGGAUGAGGAGGAGGAGGAGGAGUGAGCCGAAGCCGAUGCCUCGACUCUGGUGGGGUUUGGGUCAGAUUCCAGCGGAAAAG